GUGUCCAAGUGUUCUGAAGAAAUAAAGAACUAUAUAGAAGAACGUUCUGGAGAAGAUCCACUGGUGAAGGGAAUUCCAGAAGACAAGAAUCCCUUUAAGGAAAAAGGCAGCUGCAUUAUUUCAUAAAUAACUCUGGGGAGAAACCUCAUCCUCAGUGUAAGAGCUAGUUGUUUUAGUUUCCCCAAAUAAAACCUACCGGCCUUUUAAGGAAGGAAAAAUGAAGUCUAAAGAAGAAAUCUCUUAAGCACUAUAUUGAUAGGUUUAUAUAUAAAAGCAUAUCUGCUUCUCAUCUUUGCUCACUGUAUGCCCUUUUUAAGAGGACAGAAUAUCUGAUGUACCAUCAUGGAAUUAAGGACAUGAAUUGUGCAUGACUCACCUCUUUUAAUAUGUUGCUUGAUGCCCUAAAUAAAGUUUCAUCUUGGGAAAAUAAGUGUUGGUGAUUUCAGAAAGCACUUUUCAUGCAUUAGCUACUAUUCCUUUCUGUAACCUACUGAGUGUUUGGGAAAUGGAUGAGAAGAUCAAGUGGUGUGUUGGAUCAGGUCUCCAAAUCAGCUCUCUCUGUUUCACGUGUUUACUGUGCUGCAUUCUGACUUCUGGAAUGUGUUUGAUCUAACCCCAUUAGGAAACUGAGUAGGUUGAAUUCCUAAUAAUGUUGACAGGAUUCAGAUUAUCCGAGUCAGGAGCCAGGCCAAGCCAUGUCUACAUUAGCACUUUCCCCAGUUUAUCAUCAUUUAGAUUUUGUUCAAAAUGUUUAUGCAUCAGUGGCUUUGGGAAAAGGCCCAGGCUGGAAACAGAGAUACCCCUCCUACCUGCAGUGCAGUGGGAGGGCCAGCCCUGGCUUUGAGGAUCUAGCCAGUAUGUUUGCCAUCAAAAAGCUGUAUCUUCGAGGUGCUCUUUAGCAGAUGCAAGCCAAACAUGACUAUUUUUCUUCUCCUAAAAAAAAAAAAAAAAAAAAAAAAUACAGUGAACCCUGGUCCAUUUAAAAAAUUGAUUUGCCUUUUAAAUACUGAUUAGUAAGAAUUUUUUACAUAUUUUGGGCACUCAUCCUUCAUUGAUGAUAACAUGUUGCAAAUACUUUCUACUCCAUGACUUCAGUUUUCUUAGUGA